AUGACGAUUAGAGCCUCAGAAGUCUGGGUGAAAAUAAAUUGCUCUAUAGAUUGGCUGAUGGUCACAGUCUGUCCAGUUGCAGACAACUAUACUUACGUAUUUGCUGAUGAAUUAUUUCUAGGGCUGGGCUGCCCUCCCACCUGGAUACAAACCUAUGCAUAUGAUUUCGUGUACAGAGUUAAUGACUGUGGCAUUAGGACAAUGGUUCUUUCAAAAGAUACUGUCAUGUUUCAGUCGGAGAUAAAGUUCAUUCCAAGGAAUAAACAACAUGCCUGUCAGAUAAUACCUCUGGAAUGUUUGCCCUCUCGAAAAUCGCCGUGGCUGAAACCAGUUUCUACUGAGGAUGAAAUAAAAGUGGAUCCCAGCCCAUUUAGUGCUGAUUUUAUGAUAACGCCGGAAGAGCUAGGCUUAUUAGCUUUUCAAAACGGCUUUCAAAACGGCUCCUCCUCCUCCUCCUCAGGGACCUGGAAACUAGGAAAGGAGGAAAAGAGUGAAUAUAAAUCUCUGCCUCAGUAUCUGAUUUCUAGAAAGUCUUAA